AUGCUCCGAAAUACUCUAGCACGUUCGGCUUGGCGGACGAGCCGGCGGGCGGUCAAUGUCUCGCGAACCUUCGCGACGACAAGCCAGCGCCCGGCCGAGGUGGAGCUGACAAUUGAUGGAAAGAAGGUCUCUAUUGAAGCUGGUUCUGCCCUUAUUCAAGCCUGCGAGAAGGCAGGUUCAACAGUCCCUCGAUACUGCUACCAUGAGAAGCUUAUGAUUGCCGGUAACUGCCGAAUGUGUCUGGUGGAGGUUGAGCGAGCACCGAAGCCCGUUGCCUCAUGUGCUUGGCCCGUACAGCCCGGUAUGGUUGUCAAGACCAACUCUCCCCUUACUCACAAGGCCCGUGAGGGUGUUAUGGAAUUCUUGCUGGCCAACCAUCCUCUUGACUGUCCCGUCUGUGAUCAAGGUGGUGAGUGUGAUCUCCAGGACCAGUCUAUGCGUUACGGAGCGGACCGAGGCCGAUUCCACGAGGUUGGCGGCAAGCGAGCUGUAGAGGAUAAGAACAUUGGUCCCUUGAUCAAGACUUCCAUGAACCGAUGUAUUCACUGCACCCGAUGUAUUCGAUUCUCCAACGAUAUUGCUGGUGCCCCCGAGAUGGGCUCCACCGGACGUGGUAACGAUAUUCAGAUUGGCACCUACCUCGAGCAGAACCUGGACACCGAGUUGUCUGGUAACGUUAUCGACCUGUGCCCCGUUGGUGCCCUUACCUCCAAGCCAUACGCUUUCCGAGCUCGUCCCUGGGAGCUGAAGCAUACCGAAUCUAUCGACGUUCUGAACGGUCUCGGCUCCAACAUCCGUGUGGACUCCCGUGGCCUCGAGGUCAUGCGUAUUCUCCCCCGACUUAACGACGACGUGAACGAGGAGUGGAUCGACGACAAGACUCGAUUUGCUUGUGACGGUCUUAAGACUCAACGACUUACCAUGCCUUUGGUCCGCCGUGAGGGUCGCUUCGAGCCCGCCGACUGGGAGGAGGCUCUCACCGAGAUUGGCCGUGCUUACCAAAUUAAGAACCCCCAGGGUAACGAGUUCAAGGUCAUUGCUGGCGCUCUGACUGAGGUCGAGUCUCUGGUCGUUGCCAAGGAUAUGGCAAACAAGCUUGGCUCUGAUAACCUGGCUCUCGAUACCCCUACUGGCAGCCAGCCUCUUGCCCACGGUGUUGAUGUUCGAUCCAACUUCCUUUUCAACUCUCAGAUCUGGGGAAUUGAGGAGGCCGACGCUAUCCUGAUUGUUGGCAGCAACCCCAGACAUGAAGCCGCCGUUCUUAACGCCCGUAUCCGAAAGCAGUGGCUCCGAUCCGACCUCGAGAUUGGUCUCGUUGGUGAGACAUUUGACUCCACCUUUGAGUUCGAGCACUUCGGUGCUGAUCACGCUGCUCUCAAGACUGCUCUCUCCGGUCCCUUCGGCGAGACCCUGAAGAAUGCCAAACGACCCAUGAUCAUCGUCGGCUCUGGUGUCACUGACCACGCUGAUGCUAAGGCUUACUACGAGACCAUUGGUGCUUUCGUCGACAAGCACGCCUCUAACUUCCGAACUGAGGAGUGGCAAGGUUACAACGUCCUUCAACGUGAGGCUUCUCGUGCUGGUGCUUUCGAGGUUGGCUUCACUACUCCUUCGGCUGAGGUUGCCCAGACCAAGCCCAAGUUUGUCUGGCUCCUUGGUGCCGACGAUGUCAACGAGGCCGAUAUUCCUAAGGAUGCUUUCGUUGUUUACCAGGGUCACCACGGUGACAAGGGUGCCCAGAUCGCUGAUAUCGUGCUUCCCGGUGCUGCUUACACUGAGAAGGCCGGUACCUACAUCAACACUGAGGGUCGUGUUCAAAUGACUCGAGCUGCCACUUCUCUGCCUGGUGCCUCGCGAACUGACUGGAAGAUCCUCCGAGCUGCCAGUGAGUUCCUGGGCGCUCCCCUUCCUUACGAUGACGUCGCCAUGGUCCGAGACCGCAUGGUCGAGAUCAGUCCUGCUCUGGCUGCCUACGACGUUGUUGAGCCCGUCGCCCUCCCUGCUCUGAGCAAGGUUCAACUUGUGGACCAGAACAAGGGUGCCAAGGUUUCCGGAGCUCCCCUUAAGAAGGUUAUCGACAACUUUUACUUCACAGAUGUUAUUUCACGAAGCUCUCCCACAAUGGCUCGCUGCUCAGCGGCCAAGGCUACUGGCGAUGCCAGGACAAACUUUAUGGCUCCUGGUAUGGAGGAAGAUAAGCCUAUGGGUCAGGUCGAGUAUGGCGUAUAG